AUGGGGGGUCCUGAAAUCCCACAAACCGGCGGUUUUGGUGAGAAGGUCGAGUGCCGGCGAGCAAGGGUUUGGUUGAACCUGCCCCAGGUUUCCGACACCCGCUCCGGCCACCACCGACUGCCGUUCGGCAAGCAUCCGGAAGCCCCGGCAGCCUGGAGUGUGGGGUUUCCGGACCCGGCAGCGGCUGAGGCUGACCUGCCGGCGCCGAACUACGGAGUGUGCAUUGCUGCACUCGAGGGAAGCAAAACAAGAGCAAUUGGGCCUUGCGAGUUUGCGGACCUCUCCGAGGCACGAGAUGCCUCGUUUUUAUCGCCUUGGGAAAGAUGGCGAACCAUUGGUCAAUUCCAUGAUCAACGCGACGGCGACCCCCACGGCCGCUCAGGGGCAAUCGACGUCAUGGCGUCUCGUGGACAAGGACAGGGCCGAGUCUCCGUCUCCGGUAAAGAGCAACGAGACCACGACAAAGAUGUUGAGAGGUAUCCUCAGGAUGCCGUAAACCUGCGCGCGGACCCCGUCUUCUACAAGUUGUCCCUUCAAGUACCCCAUACACGGCCAGUACAUCCCCACGGCCGCCUCGAACAGGCAGAACACCCAGAAGGCAGACUGCUCGGACUUGGGGGUCGCCGACAGGAAGAAACAGGCUGCCGAGACCCCCAGGAUGGCCACGAGCAGACUGGUAUGCCGCAUUAA